AUGCUUGCCGCCACAUUCCUGGCCGCCGUGAUGGCUGUGGCAGCGCCGGCCGCUGCUCAGUCCGCAGACAUUACUGACUCUGUUGGUCCCUUGACCACCAUUGAGGACAAGAAAGCAGUCAAGACUUGCGAUAUCACUGACUAUGGCGCGAAGGCCGACGGCGAGACGGACAUUUCCUCGGCCAUUACGAAAGCCUUUGCGGACUGCAAAGCGGGUGGUGUACUCGUGAUACCAGAGGGCGACUAUGCUCUGCAAGAAUGGGUGCUUUUGAAUGAAGGCGAGGCGUGGGCCUUCCAGCUGGAUGGCACGAUCUAUCGAACAGGCACCGAAUAUGGCAACAUGAUCUUCAUUGAGCAUACGACAGAUUCCGAAUUCUUCUCCAGCACCGGUGCAGGCGCCAUGCAAGGCUAUGGAUACGAAAUCUACAAGAAUGGCGGGGACGCUGCACGACUGCUUCGAUUCUACGAUGCACCAGGCGAAGUCUACAAUAUGCUCAUUCGAGGUGGCAACAAAGGAGGGUUGGACGGCAUUGACGUGUGGUCUACCAACAUCUGGAUUCACGAUGUGAUGGUAACCAACAAAGAUGAAUGCGUGACCGUCAAGUCACCUUCCUCCAACAUCUUGGUUGAGAACAUCUACUGCAACUGGUCUGGAGGCUGUGCGAUGGGAUCUCUUGGCGAAGAUGUGGACGUGAGCAACAUCACGUACAGGAAUGUUUACACCUGGAACUCCAACCAGAUGUACAUGAUCAAGUCCUACGGCGGGAGUGGUACUGUCAAAAAUGUCCUGCUGGAGAACUUCAUCGGCCAUGGUAAUGCGUACUCACUCGACAUUGAUCAAUACUGGGCCAGCAUGGACGAGAUCAGCGGCGAUGGUGUGCAGCUCUCUAACAUCGCCGUAUCGAACUGGACCGGAACAUGCGCCGACGGCUCUGCACGUGGACCUGUAAAGGUUCUGUGCGCUGAUGGGAAACCAUGCACCGGGGUAGACAUCACGGACUUUGCGAUGUGGACAGAGAAGGGGGAUGAGCUGGUCAACCAAUGCCAGUCUGCUUACACCGAGGCUGAUCCUGCUCCUUUUCGCUUGAAGGAAGGCUCGGGAAGCGAAUAUAGAGUCACAAAGAAGACGGUCUCGACAGAACCAUCUGGCUACGAUGCACCGAAGAUGUCGGAUGACUUGGACGAAGCGUUUGGCACCACUGUCGAGAUCCCCAUUCCAUCUUAUCCCAAGAGCUUCUUCCCAGGCAUUGCACCGAUCCAUGCAUUGGCUGCCAGCGCCUAG